GUUUUUUUCGACAGCUUUCUAGGUUGUCACUAUUACAAAUAUUUCUUUGGUUCCUGUUGAAAUGUUGCCAGAAAUAAAGUCAUGUGGUUAUUUUCAGAGCUUUUGUUUCUCGUGCUGUUAUCACUUUCCAGUAGUGAUGUAUACGGGUUUACAGAUGCGGAUGGUUAUAAGACCUCGUCACAAUCUUCGGAGACAGAAGAAACAGAAGUGACUGAUUAUUCUGAUGACAUAAUUUUUCCAGUCAUUAGUGUAUCUUACGAUAACAUGACUGCUAAUGGUACUACUGUACCAUAUUUAUCUACAACAACAACCGAUGAACCUAACUCAACCACUACAGUACUUCCAAACACAACAGAUCAUUCACAUGAUUCGACUAUAGCGACAGAAACAACGUCAACAACGGAAACAGCGACAACAACGGGAAUGACAACGGCAGGAGUAACAACAACGAAAGAAACAACGGCAGGAGUGACAACAACGGAAGUGACAACAGCAGGAGUAACAACAACAGAAGUGAUAACAAAAGAAAUGGAGACAACAGCAGUAAUGACAACAACAGAUAUGAUCACAACAGUUGUACCUAUUCCGAGUGUACACAAAUUUUCGUUGAAAAGUGGAAACUCUUACUGUCUUCUAUUUCAAAGCGAUAUAAUGUUUCAAGUUUUCUAUAAUAGUCACAGCAAACUGGUAAAAUCUUACAAAUUUACUUUAUCUAAUGCCACUAUUAAUGAUAAUGAAAGCGUAUGUAGCGAACAUUAUACAAAGUUGUCACUCACGUUCAUACCAUAUGGGCGAAACGAAGAACAUAAAUGGACAUUAGUUCUUUUGUUUAAUCGUAUGGAACCAAACAAAACUUCAAAUGAUGCCACUAACAUGUCAUCUAUCUAUACUUUGGACAGUAUAACAUUAACUUAUUAUAUGGAUAAGAAUUUAUUUCCGGAUUCAUUGACACCAGGUCAAUAUGUUAAUGUGUCUAGUAAUAAUAUGGUAUUUAGAAUACCUGUUGGAUCAUAUUAUUCAUGUUUGACCGUACCGGAAAUUACCCUAAAGGGAAAUGAAAAAAUCCCUAACAACUGCAAGUUAUUCAUGAAGAAUUUGAAAGUUGAAGCAUUUAUGAACAAUUCUGUGGAAGCAUUUAUUGGAAACGAAACUUUAUGCGAUUCAGAUGUUAAUGUUAAUAAUAUGGUACCUAUUGGUGUUGGUAUUGCACUAAUUGUCUGUAUUGUGGUUGCGAUAACUGUAUUUAUUGUUUUCAACAAACGCAAUCGUCGUAGUUACACUACACUUUAAUUAAAUGAGUUCCCUUCAUGUACCAAUUUAUUUUAUAUAAUCUAUCGCAUUCUUAUAUGUUUUUAGGUAUUUGCAUGUUUGUAUGUAUGUAUGUAGGUGUUUUCCUGCAUAAGGAUUAAUAACUGAACUGGUUAUCAUUUGACACAAUCAGGUAAUUCAGCUAACCUGUUUUGCUUUACUGACAACUCAAUUUGUGUUAAAAUAUUUUAACGUUUCCAAUGUCUUCCAUUAUUGAACAAUUCAGUCAAUUUACAGUUAUAUGAUGUGAUUUUUAUUAACAAUAUAUAUAUAUAUAUAUAUAUAUAUAUAUAUAUAUAUAUAUAUAUAUAUAUAUAUGAUGUAUAAUCUUUUUCAAGUGGAUUCCAUUGACUUUUUAUGCGACAUGUCAAUCAUUACCACCUUCUCUACCAUUUUUUCUCUUGACGCUUAUCUAUUCACGUUUUCUUAUAUGCAAUGUUUUUUUAAUGAUUUUAACUACCUAAAUAAAACACAAUAAAUAUUAUUUUUAGAU